UCAUCCUUCGCACAUAACCUGCUGUCAGCAACUCGAGCCUUUGUACUGCAGUUACUGUUCAAGUUUGUUAGUGAAAAUCUCACAAUACUAACAUUCACUAACGUCUUUUCUUCGGUCGAAACAAGCUAAAACAAACCGACGGUAAACAUGUCCCGAGGAAGUAGCGCCGGUUUCGAUCGUCACAUAACGAUUUUUUCACCUGAAGGCCGGCUCUACCAAGUUGAGUAUGCGUUCAAAGCUAUCAACCAGGAGGGGUUGACCUCGGUUGCCCUCAAGGGGAAAGAUGUGGCCGUAGUUGCCACUCAGAAGAAAAUUCCGGACAAGUUAAUCGAUCCCAAAACGGUGACACACUUGUACCGUAUAACCCGAAAUAUAGGUUGUGUUAUGACCGGUCGGAUUGCUGAUUCGAAAUCACAGGUGCAGCGAGCCCGGUAUGAAGCAGCCAAUUGGCGCUACAAAUACGGAUAUGAUAUGCCGGUGGAUGUGCUCUGUCGCAGGAUGGCUGAUAUUUCUCAAGUUUACACGCAAAAUGCAGAAAUGCGACCUCUGGGAUGCAGUAUGGUUCUGAUUGCGUUUGACGACGAAAAUGGUCCUUGUGUGUACAAGACGGAUCCGGCUGGAUACUACUGUGGUUACCGUGCUGUUUCUGUUGGUGUAAAGCAAACUGAAGCCAACAGCUAUUUAGAAAAGAAACUGAAGAAAAAAGCCAGUUUCACUGAAGAGGAAACCAUUCAGCUUGCUAUAACCUGCCUUUCAACGGUGCUGGCAGUUGAUUUCAAACCGUCAGAGAUCGAAUUAGGUCUAGUUACAAAAGAAAAUCCCGAAUUCCGCAUCAUGACCGAAGAAGAAAUUGAGGUUCAUUUAACAGCUAUUGCCGAGAAGGAUUAAGCUAAAAGCAUUUGAUUUUGGAAAUUCAGUUUAUUUCAAAUACGCAUUCGUUCUUAUUGAAUAAAUCUUAAAACUAUA